AAGGAAAUUUUAGAACAUGGCGUCUUUCACGUAAAAUUUCGGUUUUAGUCGAACUUUGUAAGAAACAGAGCGAAAGAUGGUCUAUUUCGACUCGUGGGAUGAAUUUGCAGCAGCAGUUGAACAGUUGUGUGUAGCUGAGCCGAAAAAGUUUCGGUUCGUCGUCAAGUAUCGCCAUUGUGAUGGGAAGCUUGUUCUUAAGGGAACAGAUGACCAAGUGUGCUUGAAAUACAGAACAGAGCAACAACAGGAUAUAAAGAAACUAGAAAAGCUGAAUAGUGUUUUGAUGAGACAUACUGCAGCCAAGUGAAACAGGAAACCAGCCAAGAUUCAUUCACAAAUAUUGCAGCACAAAAGAUUUGGAAAUAUUUACCAUGGUGUGGAAUCGUGGUUAAAGGACAAUGGAUCAGUUACUGGCCAUAUUUAUUAUUCAUCAUUACUAUAAUCGAGCAGCAUAGGCAAUCCUUUGGAACUGCAGUUGUUUGAAAUAUUGUAUUUAGCAUUUAAUUUUGUUUCUAUGAUAUUUUUGUAAUUUUUCAUCAGUGACAAAAAUCUAAAAUUACAAUGAAUACAGACUAGAACUGAAAAUAUUUUAAAAAUUUUUGUUGGACUACAAAGCAGUAAUAAAUACUGGUAUAUAAAGAA